AUGUCUUACUUCCGUAAUUUCUUUGGAGGUGGACCCAGUGAUUAUCCAGAGGAAGAUAAUGGCGCAGAAAUUGUCGAAAAGUUAGUGGAGCGUCUUGAAACCUGUGACGACUUAGAAGAUCGUCGAGAUGCUCUUCGAACUCUCCGCAGCAUGGCAAAGAAGCUGCGUGUAGCUGUCGGAUCCAUGGGCAUGAAUGCUUUUGUUGAUAUCUUGGAUAAGGAAAAAAGCUCGUCGGACUUGGUAGCUCUUAGUCUAGAGCUUCUAAACUGUAUUCUAUCGAGUGAUGAUGAGACAACAGAUGAGGAUGAGCUAGGAGAAAGAUUUGCAGAGGUUCUUCUAAAGAAACCAGUCUUUCUUCCUUCCCUUUUAGCUUGUAUUGAAAACUAUGAGUUUGCAGUACGCAGGGCUGCUAUUCAACUAAUAUCAUCUCUUCUUCGUCAUAGAGGAUCUGAAGUUCAAGCUAACGUAAUGGGUCAACCUUCUGGAGUAGCAUGUUUAGUUGAUUCAGUUCAUGACAAUCGCGAAGUAGUUAGAAACGAAGCUAUUCUUAUGCUCUCUGAGUUGAGUAGAAACAAUCAUCAGAUCCAACAGCUUCUAGCUUAUGACAAUGCUUUUGUUCUUCUGAUGGAUAUUAUUGGUUCAGAACCGUUAGAUAGCAUUGUUAUUGAGGACUGUCUGUUUGUUAUAUUGAACUUGUUACGCAAAAAUUCUAUGAAUCAAGAACUUUUUAGAGAGAAUAAUCUUAUUUAUCGUUUGAAUGCCAUAUUUCUCAGUUUUAUAAACGGACCGGAGGAUGAGCCCGAGGAUGCCGAAUGGGAGAAGCAGAGAACCAGUAACUUGAUGUUUUUACUUCAAGUUGUUAGAAGCUUAGUUAGUCCAGACAAUGCGGGUCCCAGCACUCAUGGAGCUCAGAAAGCUGUUUAUCAAACGCAACUUCUUGAGAGUUUAUGUCGUGUUCUUCUCUCCGAAACAGGAGUAUCAGUUGAAGUUUUGACAGAAACUGUUGUGGCUGUUGCUGAAUGCAUCAGAGGAAGUUAUUCAAAUCAGGAAUAUUUUGCUAGUUGUUCUUUACCAACAGGAGAGAACAAUUCCAGGCCAGCCCUUCUGGUUCUUCUCUCUUCCAUGACUGCAGAAAAGCAGCCUUUCAAACUUCGUUGUGCUGUUUUCUACUGCUUCCUUUCUUAUCUUCACGAAAAUGAGUUUGGAAAGAUUAAGAUUACCGAGACUUUGCUUUCUUCCGAUCCUAGUGAUGCAAUGAGCGUAGGAGCUAGCGUUAUCCAAGCUCUCACUGCUACAGAAUCGAUUCAAUCUUGGUUUGGAAGUGUUUCAUUGAUGCAUUGUCUCAUCGAUGUGGUUCACUUGAGGGAGCAAUUAUUGAGGGUUCAAGUUUCUGCCAUUGCAGAUCAAUCUCCAAUCUCAUUAAUGAGCCAUAUUGCCAAUCAAUUAAUUUCUUUUGGUAAUAGGAGAGUUCAAACCAGAGUUGGAAUCUUGAUGCUGUUGUCAGUGUGGCUUCAGGAUUGCCCUCUCGCCGUAGAUUAUUUUAUCUCCAAUCAAGAAAUCGUUCAUUACUUGACUUCCCAGAUGGUGGACGAGUGUGGAGAAGGCACUGAAAGUGAACAACAAAUUUUGAAAGGAUUAAUGGCUUUCAUUUUAUUAACUUGUGUAAGUCAGACAAAUGACCAGGCCAGACAUUCCCUCGAGCAACUAGUGGAAAGGAGAGUUGGAAAGGAGCGAGUAAUAACCCUAAUAGAGGGAGUUUCUCGUACGGAACAGUUUGUAAGAGCUGCUCAGAAGCCUCAACCUCUGGCCAAAGUACCUUCUGAACUUUUCUUGGACUUUCAGUUCAUAAAGUUGUUCAAAAACAGAGAAGGUGGGCUUGUAAAGCUGAUAACAACAAAGGGAGAUUUCAUGGGCAGUACCAGUAGUGAUGGAAUUAUUCAAUCUUUCAAGGAGCUAAUCAAGCGACAAGAUGAAGAAAUAUCUGUUUUAAAACAGGAAGCGAAAUAUCGUUCAGAAGAUUUAGAAAAACUCAAAUCUGAGUUGGCUAAGCAGACAGAGAAGAGCGAAGAUACAUCUGAAGUCGAUGCCUUACGUCAACAACUACAGCAUUUAUCGACAAAUUCAGUACACGCGGAAUCUCACCAAGUUCAAGUCCAAGAACUACAACGUUUGGUUCAACAAUGGCGUGCUGAGACUGAAAAAUACAAAGCUUGGGCUCAGCAAUGGCAACAAUAUCAAGUAAAUCAGCUGGCCAACCCACAUGAUAGUGUGGUAGUUCAGCUGCAGCAGCAACUUGGCGAACUUGAACAACAACUUGCUUAUGGCUAUACUGCAUUUGAAGAACAGAGUCAAAAUUUAACUCAUCAGUCAUCCCUUGUUGAACAUUGGCAAAGUAGGGCAGAGCUGGCAGAAGCUCAGUUAGCUGCCGCUCAAACAAAUAAGAAUCAUAUCUCAUCAGCUGAAACUGUAGAAAAUCUUGACAGCAAAAAAGAAUUGGAAGAUUUGAAAAGUGAACAAGAGGAUCUACUGCUCCUGUUAGCAGAACAACAUAAUAAAAUUAUAGGCUAUCGUAGGAGGUUGACUGAGUUGAAUCAAGUCGUAUCUGAAGAUGAGGAUGACCAGUAA